AUGACAAGGUCAAAGUCCCAGUCUUCGGGAUCUGCUUUAAAACGGCUAAAAUCAACGUUAAAAGAGGCAGGACUUAUUGGACAGAAACCUAGUAAAAAGUCACGAAAAAAUGCAAGAGGAUCCGGUAGUAACGUAUCGGCUGCAAAUAGGAAGAAACUGGAAGUGACAUUGACGAAUCCGUUUGAGCUUCGAGAGACAAAGACUAAACAUGAAGUAAUUGGACGGACAGUCAAAGGAGUUAAAGGGCGGCCAGGACUUAUGAAACGCGUUGGCAAUGAGAAUAGAAGGAAAACAUUGCUUGUCGAAAUGGAACGGAGAUAUAAAGCAGGUGGAAUCAUAGAUAGACGAUUUGGUGAGAACGACAAUACAGUAUCCCCUGAAGAAAAGAUGUUGGAGAGAUUUACCAGGGAACGACAGAAACACGCAAAAAACACGUUAUUUAAUCUUGAAGAAGAAGAAGAACUAACUCAUUACGGCCAGUCAUUAUCGUCGAUUAACUAUUUCGGGGAUGGGUUAGAUAGCGGCGAUGAGGUGGAGGAAAAAGGCAUUAUUGAUGAAGAGACUGUCGCACGAACACAUUUUGGUGGGUUCAAUGCAGGAGAUGACGAUGAUAAGAAUUCUCAACGUAAAAAACAAAAUUCGGAAAUUUGGAACGAGCUUAUUGCAAAGAGUAAAUUUCAUAAAUAUGAGCGUCAAUUGGAAAAAGAACAAUACCUUGCCGAGGAGGAAGAAUUGGACAAAGAGCUGAAUGAUAUCAGAGGAUUGCUGCUUUUGGAAUCUUCAAAUCGAGUAGCAGCAAAAACAGAACAAGAAAACGGGGAAAAGUCUCUCGAUGCACACCACGACUCUGUUGAUUCAUACGACCGCUUUGUCCGCGAACUAGCCUUUGACAAGCGUGCUCGACCCACAAAUCGUACUAAAACAGAAGAAGAACUUUUAUUGGAAGAAAAAAAGAAACUGGAACAAUUGGAACGAGCAAGGAGAAAAAGGAUGUUAGGAGUGGAUGAUACGAGUGAGGAGGAUGAGGAAGACGAUAGAAAAAGGAGAAAAAGACGAAAAAGGAGGAAUAUAGAAACUUUGGAUGAUAUGAAUGACUUCUCUUCAACAUCCCAUUCCGUUGGUGACCCCACCUGUUCGACUCCUUCAGCGUCUAAACAUUCGCAAUUGCCUACCUCUCUUCCGUACACUUUCCCAUGUCCGCAAACACACGAAGAAUUUAUGAACAUUCUACAUGGAGUUGAGCUAAAAGAUGUGCCAACGGUAGUACAUAGGAUCUGUGUCUUGCAUCAUCUUAAGCUUGAUCCUGGUAAUAAAGAAAAAUUGGAGGCAAAAUACGUUCUCAAGAUCGCAAACGAAAGGCCUCUUCCAACUACUUUCUUGUCCUCUUUGACUACACAUCUGUUCUCUCUCACACACAUGCUUCCGCAUAUAACCCGCCGGACAUUCUCGUCUCAGCUCUCGCUGGCACAUUCUCAUUCCUCCGUCACGAUGUCUGAUUUAACUCUUCUAAUGUUAAUUUCCAAACUAUUUCCCACAACCGACUUCCAUCAUCCGAUAACGACUCCAGCAAUGAUAUUAAUGGGACAGUGUCUUUCAAAAAACAAGUUAAGCACUGUUAGGGACAUUGUUAUAGGACUGGCUAUUUGUAGCUUGGUCUACGAAUAUGUGUGUUUAACUAAAAAAAUCGUUCCUGAAGUUGGGAAUUUUUUGUGCUCAGUGUUAGCUGCGUUUGUUGCUGAUAAAAGUUUCGGGGAUCCGGAAAGCGGAAAUGGGGAAUGUCCAGAUAAUGAGAAUUUGAAAACAAGAGAGUUGCCUGGUGUGUUCCCUUUAGUUGGGAAAGUUGGGAUGAUGAGAAAAGAGAAAGGAAAUUGGAGCAUAAUAAUGCCUAAAGCUGUGAAUGUUCCUCAAGUGGUGAAUAGGUGUGGUGAGGAUGGAGACGAUGCUAAUGAUGAACUACGUGUUUGUAUUUUGUCGUCAGUCGUUUCUCUGAUUGGUCAAUUCGCCAAGUUAUAUAAUUCAACAGCCGCAUUUAUCGAAAUUUUCGAGCCUAUGCUAUUGAUAUUGAAGCUAAUCCCCGUGGAUGAAUUAUCUAGCGUUAUGAUGGAGAAAAUGUUAUCGACGAAAGACGCACUCAAUAGAAUGUUGCGAUUUGCAAAAGACGCACGUAAGCCUUUGGCGUUGCAGCAUCAUAAACCCAUUCCUCUUCCAACAUAUCGUCCUAAGUUUGACGAGAAUUACUCGCUUGAUCGUCAUUAUGACAGUCGAGAGGUAGCAUCAAUCAACAAGUUGAAGGCACAACAUAAACAAGAGCUUAAGGGAGCUAUGCGUGAAUUACGCAAGGACGCUCGCUUCCUUGCCCGUGAGUCAUUAAAGAAGGUUAGAGAGAACGAUGAGUCGUAUAGAAAGACAAUUAAGAGUGUCAUGAGCAAAUUGGAGAGUGAACAGCAUGAGAAGAAAUUGUAUGACAGAGAGAGGAAGAAGUGA